AUGAAGCUUCUGAGAAACAGGAAGUUACUGAAAGGUUCAGGAAUAAUUCUUACUGAAGAUAUGUCGCCUGCUCGAUAUAACCUGUAUCAAAAGGCCGUGCAGAAAUGGGGUAAGCAGAAGACCUGGUUUUAUAACGGAGAAAUAUGGGUGAAACUGCGAGAAAACAAGUUACAGAUAAAAACGGAAGAGGACUUGAAUAACAUGGCGCAGUAA